UUAAAUGGCCGCACUUUGGACACCUGUGGUUUAAAAUAUUAGAAAGUAAAAUUAUGAGAGAACUCAACAGAUGAUCACUUUAAACCCCGCCCCUCGCCUCCCAUUGGCGGACGCUGAGCUCAUUUUUUUGCCCAUUGCCAGCGGGGGACAAAACGGCGUCCUGCCGACCUUUGACCAGGGUGUGUGAUUGGCAGGUGAGAGAAUGUGAGGGACUAUUUUUUCCUCCCCCCCAACUGUCUGCCGGCGGUGACAUCGUCGCAUUCCCCAGGACACAUGCCUGCCAAAGAUUGUCUAUGUUUGCCCCAAUGACUCACUCCCCCAGGAAGUGUCGGAGUGAGAGUGUGUUGGUGGAAUAUUGUGGGAUGUCUUGUAGGCGGAGCUGAGCUAUAAGAGCGCAGGAGAGCGCCACGGCAGCAUCACAGCACACCAGACACAUGAUGGGCCUGCGCAGCGUGGAGGAACUGGUGACCGGUAAGCGGUCGGAGGGCAAAGAGGCAGACGGCGAGUACGAGGCGGUGGUCAAGCAGGAGAAGCGGGAUGACCUCCGGUCCCACCGCCAGCUUCAGGGCUGCGGCCUGUUGGAUGAGAGCGACAGUGGCGGCGAAUUGGAGGAAGUCAGCGUGGCGGCUCUGCAAAUGGACAAAUGUGGCCGCCUGCGUCUGGAGACGGUGGACGACUUGUUCAACAUCCUGCAGCUGAGGAAGAGGAGGAGAGCGAGGAAGGCUCCCGCCCACAAGAAGCGUCAUCAGCCUGACGUGGAGGUGAUGCCCGACACGGUGGACGCCGCGCUUUUCCUCGCAGCCGCCAUGGACAACAAGAUGGCGCUGGUGGAGAAGUACCUGAGCGAGGGAGGAGAGCCCGACACGGCCGACCAUUUCCUGAGGACGGCGCUGCACAAAGCCUCCUUCAAAGGUCACGUGGAGGUCAUGAUCAGGUUGCUGGACGCCGGCGCCGCCAUGGACAGGAAGGACAAGCUGGAGGCCACGGCGGUCCACUGGGCGUGCCGAGGAGGAAACCUUCCUGCCCUUCAGCUCCUCCUCAAACGUGGUGCCAAGUUCACCGCCAGAGACAAGCUGCACAGUUCUCCUCUGCACGUGGCCGUCAGGACGGGACACCACGAGUGUGCCGAGUACCUCAUCCACUGCGGCGCCGACGUCAACGCCAAAGACCGGGACGGGGACACGCCCAUGCACGACGCUGUGAGGAUCAACCGCUUCAAGAUGAUCAAGCUGCUGAUGCUCUACGGCGCCGGCCUGCACGUCAAGAACAGCGACGGGAAGACGCCGAUGGAGACGCUGUACUCCUGGCAGAGCGGCGCCAAGAGCCUCCUCUUCCACGUCGGCGAGGAGAACGCCGAGCGGAGGAGCGCCAAGCUGCCGUGACGUCAUCAAAAGUGGACGAGGGUGGAUUUUUUUUUUUCUCGUUUCCUUGACGGCCGUGCGGGGGGGGGGCGUGGCAAACCCGUGACAGGGCGGUCCCUCAGGUCGCCGUGUUGGCGGGAAAUGUGAAAAGCGAUCGCGCGACGACCACGUCGAAUGUUGCUGGGCGACAUUUUUGUUUUGGGUGUCGGCGACGCUUCCUUUCUUUCUUGGUGACCAUAGAGACCUACUUUGUUGAUAUCCAUUGUUUGAGUCAUGUUCGGUAACUUUACCGUAAAGAUGAUGUCAUUUACAGUAAUGCACUAUUGAGACCAGCGUGAAAGAAACCAGGGUAAAACUGUAAAAUCUACAGAUAUUUUUUUUAUGUUUUCUUUAUCAUCGCAUGUUUUCAUUUUUUUGUGCUUUUCUCUUUGAUUUGUCACCAUAU